CUUCCAGCUAGUAAGUAUGAUAGCGGUGUGGAAGUUUUCGUCCUGGGUGGCAGGGUUGUGUUUGGAAGAGGGCCAGCAGAGUGUGGCGGUAAUUCCCCAUCCGAGGGUGUUUCUUCCCUUUCUCUGUGAGUUGACGCCUCCAUUCAGAUGAGGCGUGGAUGUUGUGCAUUGACGUUGUUUGGUCUGGAAUAAUGAUACAGUGAUCAGGGGAUUUGAAAGCUUCGAGGAUCUGGCACAGAUGAUGAAUUGGGUCUUUGGGUAGAUCAUCUAAAAGGCAUUUGGAAUGUAGGGCAGACACGAGGUGCCAAGUGGUCUACCCCUGCGCUUGUUAUUUGGUUCUUGAGUUACAUAGGUAUACCAUAGCUUUUUGUUUUCAAUGGGGUGUUUUUCUCAUCUCAUCUAUAUUGCUGGUGUUUGAUGCUUCUGUUCCAGGAAAUAUUCUACAUGGAGAUCUUGUAAUUUUGGGCACAUUCUUCAUUCAUGAUUUUAAAAUAGCCAGACAAAUCUUCCUUUAUAUUUACAACAUUUGUCACUUUUGAAGUAUGUUGGAGUGGGGCAUUCUGAAACCUUGGGGAGAUGCUGUAUGAAAUAGGUUUUGUAAGCAGCUGAAUAUAGAGGUAACAGAUUAUAAUAGAGGGGUUGCACGUAAGGUCACUGGGUCAUAGGGCUUGACACACAGAGCCGCUCAAUCCAUCUAGAGAACAUUGCAGCUUCCGGUAUAUGUUAUUAAUGCAAGAAACACAUACUUUCUUACCUGUUAAAAACCGCAAAAAUAUUGAACUUUUGCGCUGUAAAAAAUUGUGGAAGUUGGGGUAGGCGUGGGAGAUACGUACCCAACUUCGGAAUUCCAAAUGUGAAGUGAAAUGAAGGUAAAGAGAAGCGAGAGCUGAAGGGACAACAACAGCUAAAGUGCUUGGCGGACAUUGGCCGUGCAGAUAUCGGAAUUGAAAAUAUUGGGUAUUAUCGCGUUUGCUCACUGCAUUUCAUCAACAGUAAGGCAUUUUUUGUGUUUUUUCUUGAUUCCUUUGGCUUCUAAAAAGUCUCAGAAGUGAUAAAUCUGGCUGUAAAUUUUGCUUCAGAGGCAUUUUCUUUUUGUAUGUAAAUGCCCACUUGAGAACCAUGGGCGAUUUAAAUAUUUUUCAGCCAAAUUUAUCACUUCUGAAUUUCUUAUUCUUAUUUCCUGGAACGAUAGUUUGCCAUUUGCGCUGUCUCCAAUGCAUAUUUGUUCCAUUAUUUUGGGGGUUUGAAUUAUUGAUAAGACAAGCUUGUGUUGAAGGGACUGAAUCAGUCUGAAGAAGGGACUUGACCCCGAAACGUCACCCAUUAUUAAAAAACCAUUCCCCCCAGAGAUGCUGCUUGGCCCGCUGAGUUACUCCAGCAUUUUGUGUCUACCUGCGAUUUAAACCAACAUCUGCAGUUCUUUCCUACACGGUUGACAGCGUGUGAUGUCAUCAGCUGAAGGUGUUGUCCUGCUCCUUUGAAUUGUUGUCUAAUACCGGCAUUUAAUCUGUUUAUUACAGAGCAACGGGACGAAUGAACGGCAGUCACCAUCAUGGCUGAUGAAGCGGACCAGGGAGGAGAUCCAGUGGCCUCGACAACGAAGACAGGCGAUGCUCCUCCAAUGUCUUCGAUGACGGAGCUCCUGGAAAGGUGUGAUGAUUCACAGCUGCUGGAAUUGACAAAUCAUUACCGCAAGAGGCUGGAAAAGGCGAUUCAAGAUGCGGUGGAGAAUGUUGUCUUCGUUCUAGCAUACGAGAGAUAUUUCAGUGAGCAAGAGUACAAGCGAGUCAUCAAACGCACAAAGAGAGGAAGCCGUGCGGCCGGUUCCACACUUCUCCUCAACCUGGUGACUGAGAAAGAGCCGUGGGUUCGUAAACUGAUAUGGAAAUGUUUCAUAAAAAUCCACCACCUGCUCCCCAAACUGGAGGAGUUGCUGAUAGCAAUGGGGGAAAAAGGUUCUGAUCUGAUCGAAUCGUUCAACAAUGACAUGAAGGCUUCCUCGGAACUAUCUGCUCAUCUGAAAGAUGUUCAGCAGAAGCACAUGGAGACACUGAAGGCACAGACUGAAAUACUGAGCGUGAACACCAUCCUGAUGAACGAGAAGGUUAAGGUUUUCCAGCUGCUUGAUCGAUACGCCAAGCUCACAGUCAUCUCCACUGUUCGAGAUCGGACACUGGUGGAAAAUGAGCUGCUGGCAAGAGGCCGGGACCAUGAAGAAUGGAGAGAGGAACAUCUCGGGGGAGAGUUUGAAAAAAUCCGAACUGAUCAGUUAUUCCAGAACGUUUCGGCGAGCAAAUCCAAAUCUGGGAGUUCGUCUGCCGUGGCCGGAGUUCCGGGGAUCGGAAAAACAACAAUGGUGCAAAAGAUUGUUCAUGACUGGGCCACGGGGAAAAUAUUCCCACACUUCCAGUUUGUCUUCAGUUUCAAAUUCCGGGAUUUGAACAUGAUUAAAGACAGUAAACCUGAGGGAACUGAUUCUGGAGCAAUAUCCUUACUUUGA